AUGAUGAACUUUGGAAAGAUGCCCGCGGGAAGGACUGCGUCCAGGCUGGCAAGGGUCGUCAGCAAGAGCGAGUCCAGCAUCCAGAGCAGCGUCCGGGCCGGCGGCUCGAUGAACGCUCUGCUGUCGACGAGGUCUGGCCUCACCGUCACCCAGGCGGCGACCAGGCUUACCGCUGUAAAGCUCCCGGUUAGGCAGAUGUCUGGACAGGCCGACUACGCGGCCAACUACACCUCUGACCAAAAGGCCGUCGACGCCGCGACUAGGAACUGGCGGGACACCGUGACCUCCAACACCGAGGACGCUCCCAAGAAGACUGCCGCCAUCUACGCUGACGACGCGCUGUUCUGGGGAACGGUGUCGGAGCAGGUCCGCAACACGCCCGAGCACGUCUACGACUACUUUGACUUCUUUGCCCGCAUGCCCAAGCUCUCCAUGGUGGCAUACGACCCGGCGCCCCCGCGCAUCCACGGAGACUUCGCCAUCCACGCGGGCGCCUACACGUUCGCCUGGGCGGGAGCUGACGGGGCAAUGACCGAGACGCGGGCGCGCUUCACGUUUGCCUACCGAAGGGAGAACGGCAAGUGGGUCAUGGUCGAGCACCACUCCUCCGCGAUGCCCAAGGCGCCCCCUGGCCUCAAGCCUGCCCAGCACUAAGAGGCCUCCGGAAAUGAAGACGCAGGCAGACGCGUUCGCGCCCAGCAAGCAAGCACCUCGUCGAUUGUGCAUGGCGAGCGGGCGAGCAGCAGACACCGGGACUACCUCGAAUCUCGUAGACUUGGUUGAUUCGUGCUUGAUGAUGAUGCCGGUUUGGCGAUAGCUCGUCUCGAUAGAGGCAGGUCCGGAGCGCCUGAACCUCUUUUGAUGCGGCUUUCAUUAGAGAAAAUGUAGCACAGUGGGCGCGUGCGCCGAUGUGUUUUGAAAUCAAGGGAAGCUAAUUUUUGGGGUGAAAAAGGCGGUACAGCUGUUGGUAUUUUCCAGGCUAGCACUCUGGCGGUUGGCUCCCAAGGGAUCACCCGCUGGCACUUGGGGUGAAGUGUGGUUGUUUUUGGGGUAGCGUGCGACCGCGACAGGAGGCCAUCGACUGGACCUUGUUGAGGUGGCGUGACGCGCACCCCGCUCCUAAAACGGCAGCGUGGGCAAGGUGUUUCGGGAGGAGAUUGCUGUUGUACAGGUCAUUGGCCAUGAAUUGGGCGUUCCUGGUUAAUUGUGGCUGAUUCGGCAUGUUCGUACAUCGUAUCAAGUACAAGAGAGGUACUUGGGGUACACAUUUAGCCUCGAUAGAUUCAUGUACAUAGACUAGAUGCAGGAGGAGUGCGUGAAGACGGUGUGUGACCAGAGGUAGCAUCGUGUGAGAUCUUGCUUCCUGACAAAAAUAUUUUCUAGACUACUAUCCCUUUCGGUGUUGUGGAAUGUUGUGGAGUGUUUCACGCACGUUUGACGUACUACAGGUGCAACCCUCCUGCGUCCCGUACCUAGAUGCCUAGACUAGAGUGAUCCUCUUGUGACACUUUUCGUGCCUCUGCUGUUGACCUGAUGAAAAAAUGAGCAGCGUCUGCGGGACAAUGAAAGAAAAAAAGAGUCGCACGCUCAGUGGACCAUCCCGUGAGUAGUUGUAGAUCCAGCCAGUACCACCCCAACCUCACAACACGCACGCGAUGAUUUUCAUUAUCAUGACAUAAGACUAGUUCAAUGUCGUCACGGAAUAUCACAUGCGUCUCCAUGAGCCACUCAUGUCUCUGAACGCCAAAAGCACAUCUUUAGCACAGAUGGACUUGUGGCGCAUAGAGGGGGGAGUGAUGUGGAGGACACCUGUCGGAAUACAUAACCAACCAUUUGUGCACAUACGAAGUAGUAUAGGAAGAUAUGAUUCCUCGGGGUAACUUGCCAUCGGGAGAAGUGG